AUGAUGUCCGCUGGACCGUCAAAAGCCACCACUCCAGAGGUAAAUCUGCGCAAAGUGAUUGCUAUCUUGAAUCAGAAGAGAACCUUCGACAGUGUUGACGCAAGGCAACGUGAACUGGAUGCGCAACGCAAGCGGAAUCGAGCUCGGCAGAAGCGAGCUUCUAGUGCGUUCCCUCGUUCAGACCUCUCCUCACCGGACAGCAGUCGUUCCGAACGAGGCCAUUCAGUGGCUGGUCCUGGUCAUAAUCCAACAGCGAAAAGCCUAAAUCGAUCAAUUGAAAAUCUGCAUCAAGCAAUUUCAACGUCCUCUUCUUCGUCAGCAGCCAGUCUGAAUACUACAGCUCCUGGAAACUUAUUGGAUCUCCACGAUAAGAGGAUUUGUAGCAAAAAGGAUCAUUUCCAUGAAGACUACUCUGAAGGCGAAUGA